AUGUUAGUCUACGGCUUGGCUGCAGACGCCGUGGAUGAAUACGUUCGAAUAAGUCAGUCAACCGCUCGAGUUGCCCUUCAACGUUUUUGUGCCGGGGUCAUUGAUCAGUUCGGAACCGAGUACCUGCUGUUCGAUGAAGUUCUGCAUGGUCGAGCUCCUCCGGUAAAUUUUACAGUUAACGGCCAUGAAUACAACAUGGCUUAUUACUUAGCCGACGGCAUUUAUCCAAAGUGGGCAAAUUUUAUUCAGGGUAUCACACACCCUCAACUUCAGAAGGAUAAAAUGUUCGCUGACCAUCAGGCUGCUGCUCGGAAGGACGUUGAAAGAGCUUUCGGUGUUUUGCAAGCUCGAUUUGCAAUAAUACGAAAACCAUCACUGGCGUACAAUGAGGACAUGCUGCGGGACAUAAUGAAAGCAUGUAUCAUUAUGCACAACAUGAUUGUUGAAGAUGAGUGA